AUGUCUUCUUCUUCUUCAACAACUUAUUCCUUGCCAUUGGCAACCACAUUUGUACUCUUAAUGCUAUAUGUAUCCAAUGCUCAAUUGAACACUACAUUUUACUCUUCCACAUGCCCAAAUGUGACCACUAUUGUCCGCAGCGUGGUUCAACAAGCUUUGCAAUCUGACUCGAGGAUUGGAGCUAGCCUUAUUCGUCUUCAUUUCCACGAUUGCUUUGUCAAUGGAUGUGAUGCUUCAAUCUUGCUAGACAAGGGUGGGAGCAUACAGCUGAGUGAGAAAGAUGCAGCCCCAAACACCAACUCCAUUCGAGGCUUUGAUGUUGUUGACAACAUCAAGACUGCUGUGGAAAAUUCUUGCCCUGCUGUAGUAUCUUGUGCUGACAUUCUGGCCCUUGCUGCUGAAGCUUCUGUUUCUUUGUCAGGAAGUAUUUCAUGGAAUGUAUUACUGGGGAGAAGAGACAGUCUAACUGCAAACCAAGCUGGAGCCAACACCUCUAUUCCCUCUCCUUUUGAAGGCUUACCCAACAUUACCUCCAAGUUUUCUGCUCUUGGCCUAAACACCAACGAUCUUGUUGCAUUAUCUGGUGCACAUACAUUUGGGCGAGCUCAAUGUCGAACAUUUAGCAACCGAUUGUACAAUUUCAGUGGCACAGGCAAUCCUGACCCAACUUUGAACUCUUCCUACUUGACCACUCUCCAGCAAACAUGUCCACAGAAUGGGAGUGGAACAGCUUUGGCCAACUUAGACCCCACAACUCCGGAUAGCUUUGACAAUAACUACUUCAGCAACUUGCAGAACAAUCAAGGUCUUCUGCAAUCAGAUCAGGAGUUGUUUUCAACGACCGGGGCUGCUACAGUUUCUAUUGUUAAUAGCUUUAGCAGCAACCAGAGUGCCUUCUUUCAGAGCUUUGCUCAGUCAAUGAUCAACAUGGGAAAUAUUAGUCCAUUGGUGGGAAGUAAUGGGGAGAUUAGGUUGGAUUGUAAGAAGGUCAAUGGAGGUUAA